AUACAUAUUUCUUGUCGUAUUAGGUGGGAGGCAGAAUGUUAAAGAGGAACAGAAGUGGUCGCCCCCCAUCACUCCUCAAGAGUCGUGCAUGCGCACUCGUCUUCCUCCACCUCUUCUUCCCCAGUCUCCGCCUUCCCCUUUCCGCUCUCUUUUCCAUGUUUCUUUACACACAGUAAAGUAUAAAUUCUUAUUCUUAUAUAUAUACGUUUAAUAUAAAGCAGACUUUUAGAUCAAUUUACUGGUUCAAUCAGGUACGCGAUUUCAUUUCAUUUCCAUAGAAUAUUCUCUGAACUGCUCAUGCCUACAUGCAACGGAUCAUCUUUUAUUGUAGUUUUCAUAAAAUACGACGAUCUGUUUUUUGUGCUUUGGAUGAAAACUUGUGAGUACUGAGUAGUAUUCCAGAUGACAACAAUCUGGUGUUCAGUUUCAGAUGAUCGGAUUUUCCGGAAUACUGAAAUGUAAUUUCAUUUUUAAUUCAGAAUAUGAAUAUGCGGUAUCGGCCCCGUCGUUUUCCCGUUCUGCCUAAUUUCACAGCCUAUGUACUAGGCGCCAGCCCGCCCCCUCUACCUACCCUGCCAUUUUUUCAACACAAGUGUUUUGCAUCGUGAAGAUACGUUUAAUGUCGAUUGCUGUGAUUUUUUCAUUAGUGGUGACUGGUGAUAUGACUUAUCUUUGAAUUCAUAUGCACAGGGUGAUUAUUUUUUCUUCAAAAAGGAGCUUUAUUUUAUUUUAUUAGUAUGAGCUCAUAUGUUUAAUCCUAGCUUCGUCUGAAACAGAGUCUAUGUUUUACACACGCCAUACUGUUUUAUUCGUUUUUUAAUACUGUUUAAUAAGGACACUAAUCUUACUUUUAUUGGUUUAUGGUUCAUUUAACUAAAUUUAUAAUAUUUAUAUUGUUUAGCUUUUUUUGAAUAAUAACGUAAAGAUUCUUUUUUUGAUUUACUUUAUUAAAACAUUAAAAUUACUCCGUACCAUCAUUUGUUGACCUUUAAGUCGUAUUUGGUUCUUUAUACUCUUAUAAAAAAUGUAAUGAGACGUCUUAUGAUCCAUAAAAGUCACUUGUAUCACAGUUUAUGGAUUGUAAUGAUGUAUUUGCGAUUCUUAUAACUUCCCUUAAUUUCCAUUUUUGGGUUUUAUCAGGAACUUCUGAAAUUUGCUUGCAUAUACUGCAUAUCAAUAUAGCAUUUGAUGGCAUCAACAGAGCGUGGUAUUCAUAACAAAAGGAUAGAGGGAAGUGAUUUAAGAAAUACUUCACUCUUUCUUGAUGAUGAGCAACAAUCUCCCUCCCCCAUGUGUUGGAAGGGUCCUGUUCCAAAUCCGCCAUUUCCUCCUCCUAGAGCCGGUUUAAGAGACAGAAGCCAUAGAGGGGUGGCUGGUUCUUGUUGCAUCCUUAAUAAAGCAAAAGACACAUGGGAAAAACUCUUCAAAGAAGGGUUUGGAGCAGAUGUGCGUAUCAUGACAGAUGAUGGAUCAAUCAUUCCAGCACAUUAUAGUGUUUUGUGUGUUGCAUCACCUGUAUUGAGAAAUGCCCUGCAGCAAUGUAAGGUGAACAAUGGCAUGAGAAGUAUGAAGGUCCCAAGCAUGCCAUAUGAUGUUGUCCACAUCUUCAUUAAUUUUCUUUAUUCUCCCAGUUAUGAUGAAAUGGAGAUGAAGAAGUUUGUUCUUCAUCUGUUAGUUCUAUCACAUUCCUACGCCGUGCCUUCACUUAAGAGUGUGUGUGAACACAUUAUAGAGCACGGAUUGCUUAACUCAGAAAGUGUUAUAGACUUACUUCAGUUAGCAAGGAAGUGUGAUGCACUGCGGCUCUCAUUUGUGUGUGCCCGGAUGAUUAUGAGGGACUUCAAAACCGUAUCAUCAACUGAGGGGUGGAAGAUAAUGAGCCGUUCCAAUCCUGCACUUGAACAAGAGCUUCUAGAAUUUGUUGUAGAGGCAGAUACGUGACUGUUUUAGAGGAAGCAAGAGCGGGUGAAGAAAACUGAAGAGAAAAAGGUAUAUUUGCAACUAUAUGAGGCCAUGGAGGCUCUACUUCAUAUCUGUAAGGAUGGGUGUCGAACGAUCGGACCAAGAGAUAUGAUGCUUAAAGGAGGCCCCGAUGCAUGUAAUUUUCCAGCAUGCAAGGGACUUGAAACUCUGAUCCGCCACUUCUCUGGUUGUAGUACCAGAGUUCCAGGCGGAUGUGUGCGGUGUAAACGAAUGUGGCAACUUCUUGAGCUUCACUCGCGGAUGUGCAUUCAACCUGACUCUUGUUGUAUUCCUCUUUGCAGGCAUUUUAAGCAGAAAAUGGUGCAACAUACCAAGAGAGAGGAAGCAAAAUGGAAGGUAUUGGUGAGCAAAGUGCAGGCAGCAGAGGUUAGGCUUGGACUAUUCUCAACUAAGCGGUCAGCUUUUUGUUACGACCUCUAAAACUGUACAUAUGAUGAGUUGGUGCUUCAAUGAAUAAAUGGUCAAAUAUUUUGUAGACCAUAUUGUAAGGGUAUAGGGUAUAUAAUCUGUCACAGGAAGAUAGUGUGAAAGGUAUAAUGUUAUAGGUCAAAUUGUGUCUUGUAAAAUUCCCACAUAUGAGUGAAUGUUGAAAUCUACUUUUCUUGUCUUGGAAAAGGUUAGUCUUCGUUAAUAUGGUAAGAAAUCAUAUCUUGAACAACCAUGCUACCG